AUAUGCUAGCUAUGUGCUUUUGCUUUUAGCCACUAUCCGUGGCUUGAAGCCAUGCACAUGGAUUUUUGGGGACGCCCCACGCCUCAACCAAGUGCAUCAUGCAUCAUCGUCUCCCCAACCAUGCAGCCACGACGAUGGCGGCUGCAACUUGCAUGCAAUCGGCGGCGCCGUGAAGUACAUACUUUGUACAUACUCCAUCUGCUGCAUGCUAACUCCAUGGUGUGGUAUUGAUACUGUUUCUUAUAUAUCCACGACCAAUUUACUUUCAUAGCAGUUCUUGAUUGUAUGUGUGUAUAUAACUCUGUAAUCCUACGGAACAUUUUGAUCUGUGUAAUUCCUAGAAUCAAAAUUAUUUGUUAUGCAUCCACGACCUUGGCUUUAGUUUAAUACUAAUUAAUUAGUUCAUAUCAGUUAUUUCCAUCCAGUGUUCUUGAUUGUAUGGAAUAAUUUAUGGCCGUGCUAUCCAAUAAUUUGGAGCCUAAAGCUCUUGGUUUGCUUUUCCAGUUGAGAUGGUAUCUAUAUAUUGCACAGAUGGCCGCUACUACUUGUGGAUCGGAGAAGGGUACACCGAGAUAUCAGAAGAUCUAAAAACUCCCAUUUGUUUCUCAAGUGACAAUAAUUAUCUUCUCUAUAAAUAUAAUCGGGCCAAUGAGAGUGCUGCGUUUGCUUCGCCGCGACUCAAAAAAAUCAGGGGAGAGGGAGGGAGGGAGAUGUUCAUGGCAUACCUCACAGCUGGUUGCUUGCAGUUUGUUCUUUCAACUUUCAACAAUUCAAUGGGGGUAAGUUGCUCUCGGCUACACAUUGUUGCAUUGCAAGCAAGUAGCUAGCGGUAUAGUUUUUUUCUGCCACGAUAUGGCGGCCGGAUGCCUUUAAAUACGACAGCUGCCUCGACCCGUCUCCUCAAUCAGCUCACCACGUAUGCAAAACCAAUCACGAGCAAACAAGCUCCCCUUCCGUCCCAAUACCAAACUCCCGGCUCCAUUCUCUAGCUGCCUCGCCGCCGAUCAUCGUCGCCUACCAUGGCCUGCACUCACCAGGACGUCGUGUUCGAGGUGAACGCCGUCGGCUGGGCUCCCUGCGGCGCGGGCACGGCGCUGUCCCUGCACCACGAGGACGACCCGGCGAGGCUCCCCACGGCGGCGGCCGUUGGGCAGCACGGCCACGAGCCCAGUGGCCGGUACGUCCUCGCCGCGGGCCGCGCCGGCGAGGACGACGGCCUGUGCCAGGCGAUCGCCCCGGGCGCGCUCAAGCCCCGCGUCACGUACCGCGUCGCCGGCUGGAUCAGCGUCGCCGGCCAAGCGGCGGCGGCGGAGGAGGAGGACGGAGCAGGCCACCCCGUUCGUGUCAGCAUCCGCGUGGGCGGCGACGGCGACGGGAGCCGCGUCGUCGACGGCGGCGCGGUCUGCGCCGAGCCCGGCAGGUGGGCGGAGAUCAAGGGCGCGUUCCGGCUCAGGGAGGAGAGCCCCCGCGGCGCGGCGGUUGUUCGCGUGCAUGGGGCGCCGGCCGGCGUCGAUGUCAAGGUCAUGGACCUCCGGAUCAUCGCCACCGACCGCAAGGCGCGCUUCAGCCACCUCAAGGACAAGACGGACAAGGUGCGCAAGCGCGACGUGCUCCUCAGGUGCGCAAGCGCGGCGUCGGCGGGGGCGUCGGUGCGCGUGGUGCAGCUGGACAACGCCUUCCCGCUGGGCAGCUGCAUCAACUGCGAGGUUAUCAAGAUCCCGGCCUUCGUGGACUUCUUCACCACCCACUUCGACUGGGCUGUCUUCGAGAACGAGCUCAAGUGGUACUGGACGGAGGCGCAGCGGGGCCAGCUCAACUACGCCGACGCCGACCGCCUCCUCGACUUCUGCGACCGCGCCGGGAAGCCCGUGCGCGGCCACUGCAUCUUCUGGGCCGUCGACGGCGACGUCCAGCAGUGGAUCAAGGACAUCCCCGCCGGCGACCGGGACCAGCUCGCGGCCGCCGUGGAGUCCCGCAUCCGGGGCCUCCUCGGACGCUAUGCCGGCCGGUUCCCGCACUACGACGUCAACAACGAGAUGCUCCACGGCCGCUUCUUCCGCGACCGCCUCGGCGACGCCGUCGCGCCGCUCAUGUUCCGGGAGGCGGCGCGGCUCGACCCCGGCGCCGCGCUCUUCGUCAACGACUACAACGUCGAGUGCGGCAACGACCCCAACGCGACGCCGGAGAAGUACGUGGAGCUUAUCGCGGAGCUCCAGCGCGGCGGCGCGCAGGUGGGCGGGAUCGGGCUGCAGGGUCACGUCAGCAACCCCGUCGGGGAGGUCAUCUGCGACGCGCUCGACAAGCUCUCCGCCGCCACGGGCCUGCCCGUCUGGAUCACCGAGCUCGACGUGUGCGAGCCCGACGAGGCGCUCCGCGCCGACGACCUCGAGGUGGUGCUCCGGGAGGCGUACGCGCACCCGGCCGUGGAGGGGGUCGUGUUCUGGGGGUUCAUGCAGGGCCACAUGUGGCGCCCGGACGCCGCCCUCGUCAACGCCGACGGCACCGUCAACGGCGCCGGGCAGAGGUUCGUCGAGCUCCGGAAUGAGUGGACCACCGACGCGCGAGGGCGCCUCGACGGUGACGGGCAGUUCAGGUUCAGGGGCUUCCAUGGCACCUACGUGGCGCAGGUCACCACAGCGGCCGGGAAGAUGCUCAAGGCAUUCACCGUCGACAAAGGGGACGCGGCGCUCGUGCUGGACAUGGAUGUCUGACUACACCGCCAUUGACUAUUACACCAAUACAUAUAUACCUAUCUGCACUAAUUAAUUCGAUGACUAGACCCUAACAAUCCCCCCCUCAUGCCCUCAACCAAACAUGAAUCUAGUGAGGAUCUGAUUGGAUGUGAGAUUUGGAUCCAAAGCCCCCUAAUACUCUAUAAUGGGUAUUUUAAAAGAGUGAUGUAUUGUAUGUAUUGGCUUAGCUUAAUUAGGAUAAUAUGAAUAAAUAAAGUAUAACGAGCUAUUCCCCUUUUAUA